AUGCUCACGGAAUGUGAGAAAAUUUUGGGCGAUGGCCUUUUGCGCCUGCCAGCUGAGUACGAUUGCCAUUAUAGUGUCCAAGCGGAGGAGGACCUGAUAGAGCUCCUCUUUCGAUCAUUAUGCGGCCACGAUCCCCAACGGCUACGGCUACUCUUCCCCGAUGGCACACCGGACGAUCGAGCCUGGAAAUUAGCAGAAGCCCAAGGCGCCCAAGAAGGCGCGGAGUACAGCGCCGCCGCUCGUGGUAAACGAUGCGGUCAUAUUUUCAAAGCUGGCGAAGGAACCUAUCGAUGCCUGACAUGCGGUGCCGACGACACCUGUGUACUAUGCAGUCGUUGCUUUGACGCGUCUGACCACACGGGCCAUCAGUACCAGAUUUCUCUGUCGCCAGGUAACUGCGGAUGCUGUGAUUGCGGCGACGAGGAAGCGUGGCGAGUGCCCUUGUGCUGUGCGAUUCACACAGACACUAGCGAUGGGAAGGGCAAAGAGCGUGUUAAGCAAGGUCUACCACAGGCAUGGGUUGACGAUAUCAGAACUACGAUUUCGCGAACAUUAGACUAUUUCUGUGAUGUCAUUUCAUGCUCCCCAGAGCAGCUUCGACUGGCAAAAACCGAGGAGGGAAUCCGCCAUGACGAAAUUGCAUCGAGACUACGUCCGGGUUGGUAUGGCAAGGGGGACGAGCCGGAAGAUGAACCGGAAUUUGCUCUAGCAUUGUGGAAUGAUGAGAAGCAUACGAUUCGCGAUGUGUCUCACCAAGUGACACGCGCAUGUCGAGAACGCUCCAGCUUCGGAGAUUUGAAAGCACACGAGACGCAUGAAAUAGGUCGCAGUGUGAUCAAGUACUCAAGGGAUCUUAAUAGAUUGCUACAGGUUUCGAAAACGAUCGAACAUAUCAAAGUCACGGUGACUAUUCGCUCGGCUCGUGAUACAUUCAGAGAAGGAAUGUGUGGUACCAUAGUCGAAUGGCUGUCUGAUAUUGCCGGCUGCAGCUUUGGCGAAGACAACGAAAUUCUGCGAAAUGUUAUCUGUGAGGAGCUUUUGCGUCCCUGGCGGCAGGGCAGUGGUGCAUACAAUGCAGAUAUUGGAAUGAAAGGCAUUGACGACCACGAACGCCAUGAGAUUACACCCCUGUACCGCACGGCAAUUACCCUGACAGUGUCUCCACAAGGAGGCGUUAUCGUUGGGACGGAAGACGACGAAGACGAAGAUGAGAUGGAUGAGAAUGAGGUAGAACAGGGCCAGGAUGAGGAUGACAUGGAGGAAGAUGAGGAUUUUGUGGCACAUGAAGAUGACGAUGACGACUAUUCUGAGGUGAUGGACAUUGAGAACUCACGUCUUCGCCAACUGCUGGGAAUAAAUUCUAUCAAUGACGAUGUUGACAUGGGUAAUGCAGAUGGCGAAGGUCCAGAUACAGAUGCAAGCACACCUACAGCAGCGCAAGCUGACAACCAAAUAGCAUCACAAAUACCACCACCUGGACGACAAGGCCGAGAUAAUCAGUCAACUCUUCCGGAAAGCGAGAUGGGAGAUGGAACCCCUCAAUAUGAAACUUCUCAUGUCAAGAUCCCUAGGACCCCAACUGUAUCAGUCAAGCUGUCCGCGGCGAAAACUCCUGGUCAUUGGCAAACAAGACCUCCUCGACCUGUUGGAAAUGUGCCACUGUAUGAAAACCUCAGUCAACGCACUCGUCUUGAUUGGAUGAUCCUGUUUGACCUUCGGUUAUGGAAGAAGACCAGAGUUGAUCUUCGAGAUCUGUAUAUCAGCACAGUAGUCAAUGUUCCCCAGUUCAAACGAGUUAUGGGGUUGCGCCUCUCUUCGCUAUACACAUCACUGGCCCAGUUGUACUUGAUUGCUGACCGUGAGCCGGACCAUUCUAUAGUGAAUGUAUCUUUGCAACUCCUCACAACUCCAUCUAUCACUGAGGAAAUUGUUCUUCGAGGCGACUUCCUCACCAAGGUAAUGGCCAUUCUUUAUACUUUCCUCACGACGCGUCAAGUGGGAGAGCCAUGGGAAGUCAAUCCGAAUGCAACUUUGGCAUUUGAUGCUGGCUCCGUAACCAACCGUCGACUCUAUCAUUUCUUCCUUGAUCUUCGCCAUCUCCUUCUGUCAGAAUACGUACAAGGCCGUAUCCGCUCUGAAGAUCAGUAUCUUCUGCAAUUCUUAGAUCUGGUCAAGCUACCGCAAGGUAUCUGUCCGAAUGUCCGGGCCGUCGGGGAGCAUGUGGAGUACGAAACAGAUGCUUGGAUUAGUGCUUCUAUCUUAAUGAGGGAAAUCAAUCGUCUCUGCCGCCAGUUUUGCGAAUCGUUCCGACAUCCGACAGCAGUCAGUGGCCAUAAUCUGGUGCGCGCAAUCAAGGCAGCAGCCGUCUAUGCCAUUGUUCACUCAACCGGUGUCGAGAGAAAGCGGUUUGAUCAGGCUGAGAUCAAAGAGUACGUCAAGUUUAAACAGCUUCCUCUUUUCGAUUUUGAAGUUUCGCCGGAAGGUCACAUCCAACGCCAUCGAGUGGUUGAUUUUGUCGUCGAAAGGGGCUCUAUCAGUUUCCAUCAUGCUCUUCACUAUACUCUUUCGUGGUUGCUAGAAUGCGGUCGUGAUAUGAGUCCCGAAUUGAUGCGCGAUAUAUUGCUUGAGGCUGCUCAAUUAGCCAACGAGAAACAUGUGCAUGACAGGCAUCUGAGUAACGAAGAUCUCCUACUUGCCAUGUUUGACUACCCACUUCGUGUCUGCGCAUGGCUCGCCCAAAUGAAGGCGGGUAUGUGGGUGCGUAAUGGUCUAAGUCUUCGCCAUCAAAUGUCGCAGUACCGAGGAGUAUCGUCCCGCGACUUUGCAUAUUAUCGAGACAUUUUCCUUCUGCAAACUGCCUUGGUAACUUGCGACCCGAGUCGGGUUCUUGCCUCUAUCGCUGAGCGAUUUGGGAUGGUAACGUGGUUUACUGGAGACUAUCAGCCGCGUCAAGGUUAUGAAGAUUCUCAGAUUGUCGACGUUGCUGAAGAAUUUAUCCACUUGCUUAUAAUAUUGAUUACGGAUCGCACCUCCCUCACUAUUAUUGAUGAUGAUAGCAUGCUUACACGCGAGAACAUCAGUCGAGAUAUUGCUCACGUACUUUGCUUCAAGCCACUCUCAUUUUCCGACCUUUCUACACGUUUAAGUGAUAAAUUAUUGGAGACAGACAUAUUCCAAGACGUGCUGGACGAUGUCGCUACCUUCCGUCCACCAGAAGGAUUGAAUGAUACGGGCACAUUCGAACUGAAGCCCGAGUACCUUGAACUAGUAGAUCCUUACAGUGCUCAUUACAAUAAGAACCAACGUGACGAGGCGGAAAGCAUCUUCAGGAAUUGGAUGGCCAAGAAGAUAGGCAAAAAGCCUUCUGAUAUCGUGUUUGAACCUAAACUUCGACCCAUCGUGAAGGGAGUAUUCUCUGAUCUGUCAGCAUUUACGAGAACCCCAUUAUUCGCCCAAAUAUUACACUAUUGUCUUGACUACAUCUUGUGUUCCAAGGAGAAAACACCCCAGAUUCCAUCAACCAGAGUUGAAGCCUUUUUACAUAUUGUUCUUCAUCUUAUACUCCUUGCCACCCUAGAAGAUGGCACAUCAGAUGAUGAUGACAGCAGUAAUGGACCUGCAGCGUCAUUUGUACAGAAUGCUCUAGCAAAAUCGAGACCAACACAAGCGGAAGCCCAUCUCUCCAUUGUUGGCCUUUUGGAAAAGGUGUCUACCGCUGGCGAAUUCGAAAGCUGCGGCGCAAAAGUUAAACAUAUCAUUAAAAUGAUGUGGCAGAAACGCCCGAGGUCGUACGCAAUUGCUACUGAAAAACUGAAAUUUCCAUAUGAGCGACUUGAUACCAACUCGCCGGCAAGCAAUGCUGAAUCCGAGCAGGAAAUGAAAAAGAAACAGGCUCUAGACCGCCAAGCACGUGUGAUGGCACAAUUUCAGCAGCAGCAGCAAAACUUCCUCAGUUCCCAGGGUGCUUUUGAUUGGGGCGACGACGACGACUUUAGUGACAUGGAGUCUGAAAGCUUGGGAGAUGAAGAAACCAAGACUUGGAAAUUUCCUAGUGGCACUUGCAUCCUCUGCCAAGAGGAAACUAAUGAUUCCAGGCUCUUUGGCACCUUUGCCUUGGUUCAAGACAGCGGCAUAAUGCGUUUGACGGACAUCCAAGAUCAGGAUUGGAUACGUGAGGCACUGAGGACUCCUACAAGCCUUGACCGCUCAGAUGAGCACAUACGACCCUUUGGCGUUGCUGGGGGGAACCGCGUCAUGAUCAAGAAACUGGACUCGUCCGGCGGUGAAGUGAUAAGUGAGAAGGUUGGACUCAGCAAGGGUUUCUCGUCAAAGAACACUCUACGAGGGCCGGUAACUACUGGCUGUGGCCAUAUUAUGCACUACGCUUGCUUUGAAGUUUAUUGCACGGCGAUUCAAAGACGCCACUCUCAACAAGUUGCUCGGAACCAUCCUGAGCAUCUAAAUUUGAAGGAGUUUGUUUGCCCGUUGUGCAAGGCCCUUGGUAAUGCGUUCUUGCCUAUAAUUUGGAAGGGCAAAGAAGAGGCGUACCCGGGGGUCCUGAAUACAGAGAAAUCCUUUAAGGAAUUUAUCACUGAAGACUUACGACUCAGCCUCUCACAACCACCCAAUGUGCCACUGUUCGUCAUGGACAGCGAAAAGAUACCACACGAUCCUUACUUUAACAUUUCUAACAAAUAUCUCGCGAGAGCCUUAGUCACACCAUUAUCUGCGGCUAUUGAUGAAAAGAAUAAUUGGCCUUUUAAUUUCUCACGACCGCCUUCUUGGACUCUUCAAGGCGGACCGAGAAUUCUCAUGCCCGGUGAAUUUCCCAAUUCCGCUGCUGAAGAGACAGGCACCACCAGUCCCAUCCGACCACCACCUCCUCCUACAGAUACAUCAACGCCUGAAGCUGCAUCCGACCCGCUCUCCGAACUCAUGAAGAUUUACCAGCGACUGAAGAAGACACUGCAGGCUAAUCAUAUUCAGUCGCAGUUCUCUCAUAGCAAGAAUCCCAGCGUGUGGGAUGAUCUGAUUUACACGGACUGUCUUUUCAGGACCUUUGGAUUUAGUAUAUCUGCUCUGGAGAUCUCCCAACGUGGUGUGGAAGCUGAUCCCGGUACUACCUUGCUGGACAAAAUCCCGCAGUUGACAUUGACGCACCUGCGCGUCCUUGCCGAGACGGCUUAUUCUUAUGCUGCUCUUGGCUCAUCUAUGAAUUUCUAUUACGGCGAUAAAAAUGGAACAACUGAAGAGAUCUAUGAGAUGCAUCGCCAGAAACUGUGUCAACUCUUCGCCGGUCAUCCUGUUACUAGCCACACGCCAUUACUUGACGGUGUUCGUAGCAUUGACCCAUUACUAGGAAUGGAUAUUUUUGUCUUCCUAGCCGAGUGCUCCUUGUCACUAGGCCCGGUGUUGAAUAUCGAGAUCAGGCAUUUGAUCCAGCUUUGCUAUAUGGCUGAAAUUGUCAAGGUUACUGUCACAUUUAUCCUAUGCAACCAUCAUCUCAAAGAAGAACUUGCUCGCCAUGAAAGUGACAACUACUUGCAAACCGAGUCCGCGGAGGCGAAGUACGCAAUUAUGCGCAAAUUCUUUGACGCGGUGGUCUCCGAGCUGAAGUCUAACUCUAUUGGACGCGCCGCUGGAUCUUCAAUCACAAGCGGUUAUCUGAUGGAAGGCGAAGACUCGAGUACUCCCACCUUAGUGAUGGCAUUGCGCCGUCUCAUCUCCAGCUAUGCAUUACCAUUCCUCCGCAAAACCGUGAUACUUCUGCAUGUUCAGCACGGAGUCAACUUCCCAAACACAGGGCUCGGGGACCAAGGCAUGUCAGAACUUGAUCGUCUGACUACAAUCCUUCAGCUUCCAACACUAGACGAGAUCCUCCUUUCGUUCUCUACACCGGAAACCGAAAAUCCUUACUACCGACUGUUCUCCGGGUGGAUAUUCCAUUGGAACGCAUCGCGGUCGGGAGUGCGUCUCGAAGAUCGUCGUCUCUGGCCUAGCUUGUCUCAUCCAGCGCCGUUUGAGCUGAUUGGUCUUCCGAUGUACUACGACCUAUUAAUCGAAGAAGCCAACAGAAGACGAUGCCCCAAGUCAGGAAGAGAGCUGAGCGACCCGAGCAUUUGCCUAUUCUGUGGUGAAAUCAUGUGUUCGCAGGCAGUUUGUUGCAUGGACAAUAAACUCGGUGGCUGUAAUCAGCACGUUCUAAAAUGCGGCAAAAACAUCGGCCUGUUCAUCAACAUCCGAAAAUGCACCGUUCUCUACCUCCACAACCACAAUGGAUCAUGGCAUUUUGCGCCGUAUCUCGACCGACACGGCGAAGUUGAUCCUGGUCUGCGCCGCAAUCGCCAGCUCAUUCUAAACCAGAAGCGGUACGACAAGCUGCUGCGGGAUGUCUGGCUGUCCCAUGGCAUUCCGGCCACGAUUAGCAGGAAACUGGAGGCGGAGAUUAAUAAUGGUGGGUGGGAGACUAUUUACAUUGUCUCGGCCACAGCAAACACAUCUAUGAACAACGACCAAUUCCGACGCCUGGUCCUUGACCAACCAGGCAAAAAAAGAGCGGACAAAGCGUCUCCAAAUCGCGAGUCAACACCGACAUCAACAUCGACACCAUCAGCUGCAAUUCUCGGCUCUCAUUUUCGCUCCAGCAUCCCUAUGACACCGCGCAAUGUCAAAGGUGGCACUGCCGACUUUGCGCGUCAACUCGCCGAGCAUCGUCGCGAGGAAUUGCAGCAGCAACGACCUACAAAAAGAUUCAAAUCGUCCGCGGCGCCAAAGGGCACCAGAUUGGCGAGUGGUUAUCAGGAUCGAACGGCCUUGCGACGCGAGCAGGAUGAUGGUAGUCAAAUAGAUGACAAAAACAAAGAAACAGAAAGCGUUGCGCAAAGACUCAAGGCGCUGGAAGAUAUGCUCAAAUUGGGACAGAUUGAUAAUGCGAUGUUUGAGAAACUUCGCAAGGAGAUUGGUGUUGGUGGGGACUUGGAUAGUACGCAUAUGGUCAAGGGCUUGGAUUGGGAUUUGUUGCGGAGAGUCAAAGCCGGGGAGGAUGUUUCGAAGAAACAGCAGCAAGAGAAAGAGGAAGAAGCUGAAGUUGAAGCUGGAGAUGUGGACGAAGAGCUGGAUCGUAUGCUUGAGGAGAAGGAAGGUCAGAUGGCACCACCGCCACCGAAGGAGAAGAAGGUCAAGAAAGGGAAUCUGGCGACUGCGCCAGCGGGUAAAAUGUCUCGAGAUGAGAUUCUGAGACAAUUGAAAGCCAGCCGCGCCGCCGCCGCGGCAGCAGCACCUCAAUCGACACUAAGUGCAAAAUUUAAAAAGAUCAAGGACGACAUACCCGAGAAGAAACGCUGGAUUGAAACAGAUCCAAACGGUCGCCGGAAAGAGAUACUAGUCAUUACCGAUGCUGAAGGCAAAACGAAAAGGAAAGUCCGCUGGCUGGACAAAGAGGACAAAACAGCCGUAAGCAAAGUCGAUGGCAAUGGGCUCCUGCUUCUUAGCCAAGAUGCCAAACCCUUGGGCAUGGAGGUUCCUGCCGUGGUUGCCGCGAAGAUAGCCGCGGAAGCAGCAGCAGCAGCACAAGCUGAGGCAGAAGACGAUGACAUCUUUGCGGGCGUUGGGACAGACUACAACCCGCUUGCAGGCUUGGACGAGAACGACUCUGAUGAGGAGGGGGGGGAUGAAGAGAAGGAAGAGAAAUUAUUGGAAAAUAAGCCGAGCAAGGAAGAACCAUCUACAGCACCGCCAGACUACCAACCAGCGCCGCGGCGAAACUACUUCAACGACAAAAAGACAGCAGAAGAUGCCGCCGACACAUCUCGCAGCAACGCGCUAACCCAAGAUCCUACCCUCCUCGCUGCACUGAAACGUGCCGCUGCACUCCGUCAAGCGUCGUCGAAAGAUGUCGAAGGAGACGGAGAAGAAGGCGAACUUGUCGACGACGCAACCGAAGACCCUGAGAAACUAGCGCGUCGCAAGAAAUUCCUUGAAGAGGCGCGUCGUCGCGACGCUCAGGAUGCACUCGAUCUCGAUUAUGGGUUUGGCAGUAGUCGUGUUGAGGAUGAGGAAGACGAGGAAGGGCCCACGUUUGAUGCUGCAGGCCAGCGUGGCGGUAGUAAUAAACGUAAGCGAGGACCGAAGAAGAGGAAGGGUGAUAAGGAUUCGGCGGCUGAUGUGUUGAGGGUUAUGGAAGGGAGGAAGAAUAAGUGA